CCCCUAGAGGAGGAGAGCUAGGGGAGCGCGGGCUGAGGCAGCCACGCUGCUCUGUCUGAAGGUCGCCGGGAACCGCCGCCCUUCACCUUCCUCGGAAAUCAGCCAUACCCCGCCAAGGCUCCCCGCCCGGCGCUCGCAGACAGAGGCCACGUUCUUCCGGCCCAGGCAGCUAGACCUUGACACAAAGGACAUCACACCGCCGGGGAUAAGAUCCGGAAGGGAGGACACCUUGACUUCUCACCCUGUGACACUUUUCCCUUUAUUGGCCAAGGUAUUUAUUGAGUGCCUACUGUGUACCAGGCGCUAUCUCUAUGUGCAUACAAAAACCCUGGAAGCUCAUACUCCAAUAUAUAUACACUGAUCGUCUUUGCUUGCUGAGAUAACAGAAAGCUUUUGUCUGGUGCCCUGCUUCCUAUCAGUUUAUGGAGAGCCAAGGGCUCCUUAAUCCAGACUGGAAACUCCAUCCACUGAAUCAACUUCCUACCAGCCCUGUAGCAUCACUUCAGUAGCCUCUGAAGGAGCCAUACAGGAGACGGCCAGUGCAUUUGUGCAGCUUUCAUCAAGGGGGACCAAAGGGGGCGUCAAGCUUAUAUUUUUGCUGCUAUCCACUUGUAAAUACACUCAGAGCAGGAGAAUUUGGACGAAGUUUUUGACUACAGGUACUUUAUAAACAUGAUGCAUUUCAAAAGUGGACUCGAAUUAACCGAGUUGCAAAACAUGACAGUGCCCGAAGAUGACAACAUCAGCAAUGAUUCCAAUGACUUCACUGAAGUAGAAAAUGGUCAAAUAAAUAGCAAGUUUAUUUCUGAUCGCGAAAGUAGAAGAAGUCUCACAAACAGCCACUUGGAAAAAAAGAAAUGUGACGAAUAUAUUCCAGGAACCACCUCGUUAGGCAUGUCUGUGUUUAACCUGAGCAACGCCAUUAUGGGCAGUGGGAUUUUGGGACUCGCCUUCGCCCUGGCAAACACCGGAAUCCUACUUUUUCUGGUACUUUUGUCUUCGGUGACACUGCUGUCUAUAUAUUCAAUAAACCUUCUGUUGAUCUGUUCAAAGGAAACAGGUUGCAUGGUUUAUGAAAAGCUGGGAGAGCAGGUCUUCGGCACCACGGGGAAGUUUGUCAUCUUUGGAGCCACCUCUCUACAGAACACAGGAGCAAUGCUGAGCUACCUCUUCAUAGUCAAAAAUGAACUACCCUCUGCCAUAAAGUUUCUAAUGGGAAAGGAAGAGACAUUCUCAGCCUGGUACGUGGAUGGCCGUGUCCUGGUGGUGAUUGUCACCUUCAGCAUAAUUCUCCCUCUGUGUCUCCUGAAAAACUUAGGGUACCUUGGCUAUACUAGUGGAUUUUCCUUGAGCUGUAUGGUUUUUUUCCUAAUAGUGGUGAUCUACAAGAAAUUUCAGAUUCCCUGCAUUGUUCCAGGGCUAAAUGCAACAAGUGCUAAUUCAACAAAUGCUGACAUGUGUACGCCAAAAUAUGUUACCUUCAAUUCAAAGACCGUGUAUGCUCUACCUACUAUUGCAUUUGCAUUUGUCUGCCAUCCAUCAGUCCUGCCAAUCUACAGUGAGCUUAAAGAUCGAUCACAAAAAAGGAUGCAGAUGGUUUCAAAUAUCUCCUUUUUUGCCAUGUUUCUUAUGUACUUCUUGACCGCCAUUUUUGGCUACUUGACAUUCUAUGAAAACGUCCAGUCGGACCUCCUUCACAAGUACCAGAGCAAAGAUGACGUCCUCAUCCUGACGGUGCGCGUGGCUGUCAUCGUGGCGGUCAUCCUCACGGUGCCGGUGUUAUUUUUCACGGUUCGUUCGUCUUUAUUUGAACUGGCUAAGAAAACAAAGUUUAAUCUGUGUCGUCACAUCUUCGUGACCAUCAUACUCUUGGUCAUUAUCAACUUGUUGGUGAUCUUCAUACCCUCCAUGAAGGAUAUCUUUGGGGUCGUAGGAGUUACAUCUGCUAAUAUGCUUAUUUUCAUUCUUCCUUCAUCUCUUUAUUUAAAAAUCACAAAUCAGGAUGAAGAUAAAGGAACUCAAAGAAUUUGGGCUGCCCUCUUCUUGGGCCUGGGGGUGUUGUUUUCCCUGGUCAGCAUUCCCUUGGUCAUCUACGACUGGGCCUGCUCAUCAGGGAGUGACGAAGGCCACUGAGACCAGCUGGGAAGCAUCAACACUCCCGUGAGCUGCUCAAGCCACCAACCACACAUCAGCAACCCUCAUCACUUCCUUUGCAAGUUUACAGAAGCAAACAGAAAUUUACAGGAUACUUCAAAUGGAAUCCCACUUUAGUCGCAAAACAGAAACCUGUUUCUGUACGGGUUCGUGUCCCUCUAAGAUCUGGGAUCAAUUUAAGGAUCAUGGAUUUCCCCCCCACUUCAAAUUUCACAGAAUCAUAUUUCCUAGUACUUUACACAGUCAGUUAUUUUUCACUCUCCUAACUCAUUUUUUUGUGACUUCAUGGUCUCUUAGAACUUUGAAAACAUGAUCAUCAGUCAUGUUUAUUUAUUAUAGAUCCAGAUUCUGAAAUAAUUUUCUUACUGAUGUUCAGCUCACACUAUCUGUAUCUUUUUAGAAGAGAAAAUAAUCUUGAAUUGUAUAUAUUUAUUUUGCUUUACAGAAGAAAAAAAGGUUUCGUAAAUAAUUUGCCUAUUUGGGUUAACAUAGCACACAGGGAUCAUCGUUGGGGAGUCGCAGGGUGCGUGCAUUGCAGGGUCUGAGCACGCCCUAGAUUUGAGGUGGCUUUGAUCUCCCGCAGGCAGACCAGUGGCCUCCCGGGUACUAUGUCCACUUCAUACAAAGACAUUCCCUGGUGAAGUGUCCUCUCCGCUGGGAAGGGGUGGAAAUGAUUUUUACCUUGAUAAACACAUUAAACUACACAUGUGGGGAAUCUAGCAAAUUAACUUUUGUUUCCCUCUUGGCAACUUGUGUCAAAGUUACUCUGACCUGAGUUAGUUUCUACUGGGGAAGCCCCAUAACACCUUUAUAAUAAAUUGAGGAGCAAGAAUAUUGCAAAAAGAUUGUCCAAAAUGCCUAAGAGAAUAUUCCUCUGAAGCAGAUCGCCUUCAACCCUACACUGGAUUGUUGGAGGGAGAAACGUUUUCUUACUAGUAAAUGAUAACCCCAGAAGCUUUUCCUCAUGUCCACCAGCUUUCGCACAGGGAAUAAGGUGUAUCUAACCAAGGAUGAUCUAAGUAAUUCCUGUUUUAUAUUGGGUACUUUAGGGGGAGGGAGGGUGUCUUUAAAAGACUUGUUUUAUAUCUAUAAAUUUAGGUUAUUAUAAAUACAAGAUUUUUGUAUCUUAAAUAAGCCUCAUUCCUAUUUCUUCUCCAUUAACAAUCCAUCCAGAGUGUUAGAAAGGGAA